AUGAUAGAACAUCAUGGAUUGAGUGAAGCAACACCAUCAGAUGAAUGGGUAUCAUUAAAUGUAGGAGGAAAGAUCUUUAAAACAACUAGAUCAACUCUUACCUCUGACCCAAACUCUGUAUUAUAUAAAAUGUUUAAUAGAGAGAAUCAAUUUAUGAUAUCACACAAGGAUAAUCAUGGAUGCUAUCUAAUUGAUCGUGACCCUAAAUACUUUAGAUGUGUACUUAACUUUUUAAGAUUUCCUUCUACUAAGCACCCACCCAUCAUUGAUGAUGGUAUAUCUAUACAGGGUGUGUUGCAAGAGGCACAAUUCUUUCAGAUUGACGGGUUGAUCAAGGUCAUUGAAAAGGCUGAACGAUCAAAGAGCGACUUGGACAGAAAAGACAUUAUGAUAUACAGGAACCAAAUCAAACUGACAAACAAACGUCUCCUUCAAAUCGAUCUAUCCAACAUGGACUUUACAAAAGAGUCUUUUAACAAUUCAAUCAUUUCCAAAUCAAAUUUAUCCUAUUCCAAAUUAAAUUCUUCAACUCUUUUACAAAUAACAGGAAAAAAAGUAAAUUUUAAUUAUUGUAAAGCAGAGAAUGCAUUGUUUUCAAAUUCGAAUUUAAAUGGAUCGACAUUUGAUAGAUCGGAUUUAUCACAUGCAUCAUUUAAUAAUUGUCAAUUGGCAGACUCUACGUUUGAGUCUGCUAUUUGUCAGGGAUCUCUGUUUCAACGUGCCAACUUGAUCAAUGCUCGCUUUAAAAAUGCAGAUUUGCAACACGCCAAGUUUCAAAAGUCCACUCUGUAUGGCUGCGAUUUCACAGGUGCACUCAUCAGUAAUUGUCAUUUUACAGCCGCAUCAUUACAAGGUGCCACCUUUGACUGGGACCUCAUCUUCAAAACCUACAAUGAAAGUGAAUUGAGAUUAUUCAAAAAAUCAAGAGUCACCCAACAACAAUUGGACCAACACAUACCUCUAGCCUAUCGAUAUCUAUUUAAAGUGGUUGAAUUACCAAAUGAUAUCAAUCGAAAUUUAAGAUUAUCAAUUGGUCAUUUAAAUCCAUUUGGAAAUAAUAUUAAUAAUAAUAAUAUGAAUCAAAGUCAAGAUUCCCAAAAAUUAAUUGAUUCUAAUAAUAGUAUUAAUACAAGUCAAAAUAAUAUUAACAAUCAAAAUCAAAAUCAAAAUAAUAAUAAUAAUAAUAAUAAUAAUAAUCAAAAUAAUAAUAAUAACGAUCACCAAACAUAA